CAGUGAAUUACUGAAGGUCCUUUACCACAGUACCUGCAUGAGGUGUAGACGUCUGUGUGCACCACAGAGCAUCAUAGACCUGCAUUCACGGGUAGCGAGGAUUGAUGUUCUUCGCGCCUUGGAGCUUCAGUUGUUCAGUGCGCUCCGCGUGACGCGUGAUUGAGGAGCUAUCCACUGCAGAAUCAGACUGUUCUUCAUACAUAUACACUGGAUAGAGGCGAACUCACUACACAUGGAAGAUAAUCCGAAGAACUCCGAGAGGAAUGUUGAAGUUUGGGAACUGCUGAAAUGCGUUUGGAAACCACGAACCUCUCAGAGUCAGAGGAUCUGAGGGACACGCGGACAUGACUCUUGAAGGCUGUUCUGUUGCUCACUGAGAAUCUGCUGAGCAUGUUUAAUGUCUUUCUGACGUUUUAAAUGGAUUGGUUUUAUAUGAGGGAUGGAAAGAGACACAAAUGCACCUUGGAACUGAAGAGGAUUGAGUGCAGUUCGUAGCAACAUAUCAAAAGUGGUGCAUAAUUGCAAAACAUUGUAAAAGCUCUUUAUUAUUAUUUUUACGAAGUCAUGCUGAUUCGAAGCCAAGCUCUACGGUGGGCCAUUUUUUUGACACUUUGUCUUCUCUUGGCGAAGGGGUUCCCUGCAAAAGGACGCAAAGCAAAUCACAUCAAGAGCAAGAGUGGUACAUCUAUAGAGGUCAGAGGUCACAGCGGCUCCAAAGAUGUCAGACAGUCGCUACAGGACAUUCAGCGGCGUAACCAACUUAGGAGUGCGCCGCCUUUGCCUCGACGUCAUAAGAGGAGAUGGUCGCAGAUUCGCUCAGAGGGAGUCCUUCCCAAAUCUGCUCCACAGGAAGAUGAACCCUUCAUUUUAGACCUGAAGAACUUUCCCGACCUUGCCAACGCAAACCUGGGCUCCCAAAACCCCAACAUUCAAGUUACCAUUGAGGUUGUGGACAACCCACAGAUGGAGAUUGAGAUGGAUCUGGCCAAGGAGAGCAGGAAUGACUGGUCUUUGAGCUCGGAAGAGUGGCUGGGCCAUAAAAAGCUCUUCUGGCCACUGUUCUGGGAAUACCAUGACUCCAGUCAAGAAGGUCCCGGGCAAGGCAGUCUGGAGGAAAACGAGGGGGACCUCAGCUACGAGGGAGAAGAUUCCCUUUUGAGUGGUGUGGGUACAGACUGGAACAGACGAUGGAAGGGCUGGGACUCCAUGGACAAUUACGAAUAUGAGGAGGAAGAAUGGAGCGACUGGUCACCAUGCAGUGUCACCUGUGGACACGGGAAUCAGAAGAGGAUUCGUUCAUGUGGCUACGCCUGCACUGCCACAGAGUCACGGACAUGUGACUUAGAGCGUUGUCCUGAUGACAUAGUUCCUGUGACAGAACUGACUCCUCACGAAGUGGCAAACAGCACAGAGCUUUUUGACACAGAUGUUGACAGCUGUGAGAAGUGGCUUAAUUGCAAGAACGACUUCCUCCAGAAAUACCUACACCAGGUCCUGACCGAAUUGCCUAACUGCCCUUGCAUCUACCCAUCCGAGGUGGUCUACAGUGCUGUCAACAUCUUCGAUAGGAAGUUGCAAAAGACCUAUCGCUGGCGAGAUGCCAGCGGCCCCAAAGAGAGGCUGGACAUCUACAAGCCCUCUGCGAGGUUCUGCGUUCGCUCGAUGCUCUCUUUCGACAGCACCACAUUGGCUGCACAGCACUGCUGCUACGACGAUCACAUGAAGCUCAUCACUCGAGGCAAAGGGGCCGGAGCACCCAACCUCAUCAGCACAGAGUUCUCCCCGGAACUUCAUUACAAAGUGGACGUGCUCCCGUGGAUCCUGUGUAAAGGAGACUGGAGCCGCUUUCAUUCGGUUCGGCCUCCCAAUAACGGUCUACAGUGUGUCGAGAACCCGCAGGAAGACGUCUACAUGAAUGAACUGGAAGAGGCCAGGGAGUACUGAUCCAGGGAAAACUGGAUUUCAAAUCGAAUCGACCAGCGUUCACUUGAUUCCAUGGUACAGUAUUGGCACUCCACCAGUCUUGAAGGCAAUAAAAGCCUCCUACUUUCUAAUUGGGCGACAGUUUUACAGAUAUUGACUCUCAUUGGUCAAACUAUUUAGCUGAUACUAAAUGGAACUGUAGAGAGAGAUUCGUCUGGAGACUAAAGCUUAGAUAC